GGCUCCCCGGGCAACGCGCAAGCGCAGUUCCGACCGGGGCUGCCGACUCCAGCUCAUUGUGUUCAGCCUGCGAUGUGGCGGUUGCGGUUUCUCGCCGCGGGCAGAGGCUCCUCCAAGGGCAAUCCUGUGGUGACCAGGUGUGUAGAAGUUUCUAGCCUUGGUCCCACUCUGCCAGUCUCUGAAACGGCUUAUCAGAGAAGGAAUGGCCGUCAGGCACCUGCCACCCAUGGUCCAGGAAUCAGUGACCUUCAAGGACGUGGUCGUGCUCUUCACCCGGGACGAGUGGGCACAGCUGAGCCCUACUCAGAGGUCCCUUUACAGGGAUGUGAUGCUGGAGAACUACAGCAACCUGGUCUCACUGGGACUCUUAGGACCCCAGUCAGAUGUGUUUUCCCAACUGGGAAAAGGAGAAGAAUGGAUGCUAGAGGACGCGUCGGGAAGCUUCUGUCUUGACUGGAUGACUAUGCCUGUGAGUAAGAACUCUCCUCCCAAGCCGGGUAUUCCUGAUCAGGACUUGGAUCAGUGGGUGAUAAAGGAAGGAUUCACUAGAGAUAGCCACUGGAAAUACGAUGGCCAGUUGGAAUGGAAGCAUGGAGGCCAGGAGGUUCUUGCUCACCAGAAGACCCCCUCUGUGCUCCACGCCCAGGCCGGGGAUGAACCUGGGAAGCACUGCACUGUGAGCUCAUCUUUUGAUCAGAGUCAGGGAUUUCAAUCUAGCAAAAAAGCCUUCGAGUGUCGUGAGUGUGGAAAAGUCUUCACUAAAAGUUCAACCCUUACUAAACAUCAGAAAGUUCAUACUGAAAAACUGAAUGCAAAUCAGAAAACUGUUAUUAAAGAGAAACGAUAUGAAUGUAGAGAAUGUGGGAAAGCCUUUCACCAGAGUACACACCUUAUCCACCACCAAAGAAUUCACACUGGCGAGAAACCGUACGAAUGUAAGGAAUGUGGCAAGGCCUUCUCUGUGAGCUCCUCACUCACUUACCAUCAGAAAAUUCACACCGGAGAGAAACCUUUCGAAUGCAACUUAUGUGGGAAAGCUUUUAUCCGAAACAUACACCUUGCCCACCAUCAUAGAAUUCACACUGGAGAGAAGCCUUUUAAAUGUAACAUAUGUGACAAAGCCUUUGUGUGCAGGGCACAUCUUACCAAACACCAGAAUAUUCAUAGUGGAGAGAAACCUUAUAAAUGUAAUGAAUGUGGAAAAGCCUUUAAUCAGAGUACGAGUUUUCUUCAGCAUCAAAGAAUUCACACUGGAGAGAAGCCCUUUGAAUGUAAUGAAUGUGGAAAGGCCUUCAGGGUGAACUCUUCCCUGACAGAGCAUCAGAGAAUUCAUACUGGAGAGAAACCUUAUAAGUGUAGCGAAUGUGGGAAAGCUUUCAGGGAUAAUUCAUCCUUCGCUCGACAUCGGAAAAUUCAUACCGGAGAGAAACCUUACAGGUGUGGUUUGUGUGAGAAAGCCUUCAGGGACCAAUCAGCCCUAGCCCAACAUCAGAGAAUUCAUACUGGAGAAAAACCUUACACGUGUAAUAUAUGUGAGAAAGCCUUUAGCGACCAUUCAGCCCUCACUCAACAUAAGAGAAUCCACACCAGAGAAAAACCUUACAAAUGUAAAAUCUGCGGGAAAGCCUUUAUUCGAAGCACACACCUUACUCAGCAUCAGAGGAUUCACACAGGAGAGAAGCCCUAUAAAUGUAAUAAAUGUGGGAAAGCUUUCAACCAGACUGCAAACCUCAUUCAGCAUCAGAGACAUCAUAUUGGAGAAAAGUGAUAGGAUUAUAGUUUAUAUGGCAGAACUUAGAGACCGAGUGUGUUAAUUAUUGAAUGUAAGUGAAUCCAUUCCAGAGAAUAGCCAUGAAAACUUCGGUGAAGAUGGAAUUUUUAUUUACAGAGAGUCAACCUUCACGGUACUGUGGGUUUGAGAAUUUAAGAAUGGCAUGCCCUCCUAGUUCAGAACUGCCUCAGUUGAAUAACAAUAAUGUUUAAUUAGUCUGAAUUAUCAAGUAUUAUAACCAAAAUGAAGCUUCAUUAACAGCACAGAAAUUAGAUGAUCACAUUUACAUUUUGACUAUUAAGAGAAGUUAUAAAAUUGCAAAAGACCAGGGGAAGAAGCAAAGGAACAAAAAAGUAAAAAUGGUCAAUAAGCAUUUCACUCACUUUUUUUUAUAUAAAAGGGUUUCUACUUUCAGUGGAACCCUUUGUUCUCACCCACCCACCUUCUCAGUGUAGGGAAAGUACAGUCACCGUACAUUGGCCCCGGAGUUACCUAAAGUAUGUUUCCCACCUUCUGCUUCAAACCAUCCUCUCAGAUCUCCCUGACUUAUGUGUCCACUGGCUGCUUACCCAUAUUCUCCUUCUGGGACAACUCAUUUGAAUGGUGUGUCCCUCUUGAUUUAGCACCUCCUAACUGGUGACAUCGUGUCACUUAUCAUCACCCCACUUGCCCUUGGGGAAUGUAGUGAUCUGGCCGCCUACACAGUCCAUGAUUCUGGUUAUCGCAACCAGACCCAGCAUUCAGAACUCGGGGACCCCUGGGAGACAGGUUGAUCAAACUUCUUGGGUUACCCAGUUCCUCUGGGCCUCACCUUGACUCUUACACUGGGAUGGUACCUUAAAGUAGGGACUAGGUUGUGUAGACAUUACCUCCAAUUGCUCUUCACUGUCCUUACCCCACACACAGCAGUCAGGGGCCUGCUCAGCUUCAGAUGUGACAAUCCAGCCACCUCACCGUGUUCUAGACCCUCUCCACUUCUGUGAUUUGCCAUUUCCUAACAUGCAGCUGACACAAGUUAGAGCCCCAAGGCUAGUACUCAAAGGCUCUGACCCACUCUUUCCCUUGGCUGGCGGUCCUCUGUGUCCACUGCAAGGAUGUAUUCCUCGCCCCCAGAA